AUGAUUACAUCUCAACACGUUAUUCUCUUCAUUUUCUGCGUUACUAUACUGCAUUACAUCUUCGAACCUCGCGAUGUCAGCAUGAAGGGGUUGCUUUAUUUGAAGCAGCUUUUUGACGAGAGAUGCCAAAUCAAUGCACCCACUUUCAAAAGUGUUCCUGGUUUGUCCUAUUUAAACUAUCUCGAAACAUUGUAUUAUAAAUUCAACAACGUGAACGUAACUGCGUGUCGACUUAUUGAUCUAUCUGUUCCUGGAAAACCAAGCGCACAAUUGAUAGCAGGAAUGUCUCAUUUAUACACGAGAAACUCGACAAUCAUAAAAAGCCCAUUAGCCAAUGAGCUCCUCAUCGAAAGCAUCCUGGCCAAAGGCAACCUCGCCCAUCACUCAGCACUUGAUAACAUGGAGCAUCUCUGGAUUUAUAUGCCUCUGGUUUUCUUCAUCAUGUACCCAUUUCUGCAUGAUAGCGCUAUAUCCUGUUACCAUUCCAUGAAAGACUCUCUAUUUGAUGGUGGAUUUACAAGAAUUAGCAACAAUGUCUACAUUGAUGAAAGCACAACAGAAGCCAACAAUACACCGGAAGAACCUACUGCAACAUCCAGACGUUCCUCUGCUGACAGCUCCAUCGGAUCCAUUCAUCUUGAUUACACCAAUGCUGCUGCACGCAAUUGGACAGCAGAAGAGUUGCUUGCAGAGGAGACCAAAUCUCGUGAUCCUGCAGAAGAACGUAAUGAAAUGCCCUUUGAACCGUCGAAAUCACAAAGAUUUUGGUCUAGUUUCCAACCUGCUAGAUCUUAUCCAUUCACCUUGUCAGGUCAUUCAAGUGAUAGCAGUGGAAAUAACGAUAAUGGAAAUAGAUUCCAGUUUCCUACUGCUCCUGGUGGUCCCCACAACGAGAGUAACUCUUUGCCACAAGGUGAUGCGCCUGGUAGUCCUGAUACUAAUGCUGAACAAACCACACCUAAGCCAAGUCAAAAGGUUGCUUAUCCUUUAGACUCUAGCUUUACACUCAAUUCUGACUUUUCAAACAUGCCAUUUGUUCCACCUACUGGCCCCGUUUCUGAGAGGUUCCCUGAAUCUACCAACGACGAAGCGCUAAAGCUUACUCUCAACCUGCCUUUUGCCGUCCUUGGUCCUUCCAAUGUAACUAAUCCACCUGUUCCUGUUGUAUUAUACCGUUCCAAAGCUGCUCAAUCCACUGGUCGCUAUGACGCACCGAAGUCUUGUGGAGAGAAAGAUAAUCCUCCCUUUGAUGGCCAUUUCACACCUCCAGAACAACCCAAAUUUGCCUGCAGAACAAUGCCGCAUGCCGAUGAAAUAGCUCGUUUUGCUGCCAAGAAGCAAUCUGUUAAUGAUUUUGCUGACCAAAUGGGUGCCUUCCUAAGACGGAUAACAUUUGGCGAUUUACCUACAUCCAACACUGCUGCUGGUAGCAAGCAACAAACAUCUAGUACUGGUGUCAAACCUCCGGCUUCUACCCACACAAAACAUCUACCUGAACAAGCUUUCAAGAAAGCACCUCUCAAAGGUGAUGCUGAUUCUACGAAAGGUCAAAGAGGUAAAUCAUCACAAAAAAAGAAGGCAUCAUCCCAAAAAGCUGAGAAACCAAAGCUAUCUCAACAAGAGCCUUCAAACAUCAGAUUUGGUGCUCCUCCUCCAGCUGGACCUUCUUCAUCAUCUACUAAAAUUGGCUCAUCGUUGACAGAGGCUAUUGCAAAUGCGCCUUUCAUGCCUCGCAAAAAAAUGCAACCUAAGGCUGCUUCUACCACUAUGAAGCUCUUAUUUUCACGAUUCAAAGCUGAUCCUGAUGAUCUUCCUACUGAUGCUUCAAACGUUGUUGGUCAAACAUCAUUCCACCAAAACCAGCCUACUUACGCUCCUGGUUCAUUAAAAGCUGAAAGCCAGUUUUCUUCUUCUUCAGUCGACGAAACCAAGAAAAAGGUGUCUCCAAAGUCAUCUCUUUCUCCAAAGCCUCGACUUGCUUAUUCACCUGGUUCAUUACGAUCUCCUACUGCUGGUAUUAUUUCCCAAGUCAAGCGUGCUCCUGUCUUUACAUCGUCGUUCAAACAUCUGAAAGAUCCCUCCAGUAUUCAUACAGUUGCUAAUGCCUCUUCAAGAUGUAAUCGAAGCACUCCUCCUAGCAAUAUUGAAGCUCCUGUGGAUAUUAUUAGCUCUACAGCACCUGACGCAUUUGGUUCUGACAAAACGAAGACAUCUUCCUUACCUGUUUUUUUGAUGGGGAAUCGACCUCCUUCCAGUACAGACCAAGUAUCGCUGGAAACUGAGCUCGCUCUCAAUCUAUCAGAUGAAAACUUUUUUGCUACUACUGCUUUUGGUAUUGUUGAGCCAUUGAAACCUGAUUCGUCUCCAGUUGCCCCCUCAACAAAUUGCAAGCAUGAUACUGAAGCGUUUGGAAAUUUAGCUGCUGCUUUUCUUGCAAGUGAUCCGCAGAUUCUCGGAAGAACCAUUCAUUUCUCUGAAAGCAAUGACGAUGGCUUUGAUUCCGUGGGUCUUUUGGCUGCUGAUACAACGGAGCCUCCUGUUGCUGCUGCUAGUGCUGGCAAAGAGGAAUCCAAAAAAACGCAAGUUACUGCUAAUAUCUCUGCUGCUUCAAAUAGUACGCCUUCUAUUAAACCAAAUGAUGCCACUCACGAUGCCCACCUGCAUUCCUCUACAAUAACAGCAAGAGAAGCCAAGAGAAAAGAUCUUUACACAGCCAAAGUUGCAACCACCUUCCCUCUCGCAGCAACCAAAGAGCAUACUCAAAAACUUGCUGCUGCUAUGUAUAUCUCUCCUCCUGCUUCUGGUACAUCUCCGUAUACUAGCAUUUUUCCCUCUGCUACUGCUGCUACUGCUGUUGUUGCUGCAUCCUCAAUCAUACCGCAACAAUACGCUGAAUCACCCAGCAGUGCUGCUUCUUUCAUUGAUAGGUCUCCUAUUCUUCUUGCUGAUACGAACAAUUCAAUUGGUGAGCAAGGAACUAAUGCCAAUGAAGCAGUAUCUAGUCUGUUGAUUUGCCAACCUGCAGAAGCUGUAGAAAUUCCUCCGCCAGAAGGCCUACUGCAGUCGUUGAAAAAGAAAGCAAAGGAACAAGCGAGCCAGCAAGCCAGUCAGCAAGUAAAAGCGAAGAAUAAAGGUAAAGGAAAGGGGAAAAGCAACAAAAAGAAAAAGAGAAGAAGAAGAAGAUAG